AUGCCGCGAGAAGUCGAACCCUCGCUGAACGAGAGGCAGUUCUUUGCCAAAGCGUUGCAAGAAAACAUACGGCUGGAUGGGAGGAGUCUCGACCAGUAUAGAGCUCUGGAGUUGGAUUUUGGGGAUGAGCUGGGCGUGGUGGAUGUUAGGUUAGGGAAGACGAGAAUACACACCCACAUCUCCGCCCAAGUCGUAACGCCGUUUCCCGACCGCCCGAUCGACGGCCUCUUCACCAUCACCACGGAACUUUCACCCAUGCUCUCCCCUUCUAUCGAAUCUUCAUCUCGCCCAACAGAAACCGAAACGCUCCUCUCCCGCCUCCUCGAAAAGACGAUCCGACGCUCUGGCGCACUGGACACCGAAUCGCUGUGCCUAAUCGCCGGCUCGAAAGUCUGGUCUAUACGCGCAGACGUACAUGUCAUAAGCCACGAUGGGAAUCUCGUGGAUGCAGCGUGUAUAGGUGUUAUUGCGGCGCUACAGCAUUUCAGGAAGCCGGAUACCGAGACGAGGGGUGAGGAGGUGGUCGUGUAUAGUACCGCGGAGAGGGAACCGGUGAAGUUGAGCUUACUGCAUUUUCCGCUAUGUGUAACUUUCAGCUUUUAUGGGGAGGGUGUUUUGGGGAAGGAUGGAGAGGGGGAGAAGGAGAAGGUUUUGUUGGAUGCGGGGUUGAUGGAGGAGCAGCUGAGGGAGGGGUCCGUGACUAUUGGUAUGAACAGGCAUGGGGAGGUGUGUCAAAUUGCGAAGCUGGGUGGUGUGCCCGUUCAUGCUUUAACGUUGCUAAACUGUGUGGAGGUUGCGGCUAUUAAGGUUAAAGAGAUCUCAAACUUUAUUACGAGAAGGUUGCAGGAAGAUGCAAAGAAACGGGACAAGGGAGGCAUGAUGGCCGAACUCAGUGCUGAGAACGAUAGAGUGUCAUGA